AUGAUAGCAAAGAUGACAGCGACAUUCAAUGAUUCUCCGGAGACAGCGAAACUGGAGAAAACAGCUGAAAUCCAGGACAACGCGAUAUGGCGAGAAUUACAUGAGUGCGGAUUUUUCCCCUCUGAACAAAAAGCACAAAAGUCGUUCUGCAUGACCGACUGCAGGUACCGUAUGCCGUUGCAGCACUACUACGGACUUAACACUGCCAAGGUUACUGUACUGUACACAAAAAGGACGAUUCUCCUCAGCAGAGCGCAUAUAGGAUCAGAACAGCUUGGAGUUGGGUGCAUUGAAAUGGAGGAACUACUCUCAUUGGCUUCAUCGCUGCAGUCUGAGUGA